CCACGAGUUAGUGAGGGGGACACACCACUCACUGUAGGAUAGGCCUUUUCGUACCAAAUUUUCACCGGCGCAGCAUUGAAAAAAACAUCUAUUAAAUUCCGUACCCCCAUUUCUUUAGUACCAAGGUAGUUUAUUAACGGCAGUCUCCAUCAAUAUGAAGUUAAACAUCUCUUACCCAGCCAACGGUACCCAAAAGUGUAUCGAAAUUGAUGACGACCACAAGUUGCGUGUCUUCUACGAGAAGCGCAUGGGUCAGGAAGUCGAAGGUGACUCUGUUGGCGAUGAAUUCAAGGGUUACGUCUUCAAGAUUACCGGUGGUAACGACAAGCAGGGUUUCCCAAUGAAGCAGGGUGUUUUGUUGCCAACCAGAGUUAAGUUGUUGUUGGCCAAGGGUCACUCUUGUUACAGACCAAGAAGAACCGGUGAACGUAAGAGAAAGUCCGUUCGUGGUGCUAUUGUUGGCCCAGAUUUGUCCGUCUUGUCCUUGGCUAUUGUCAAGCAGGGUGAACAGGACAUUGCCGGUGUUACCGACUCUACCACUCCAAAGAGAUUGGGUCCAAAGAGAGCUAACAACAUCAGAAAGUUCUUCGGUUUGUCCAAGGAAGAUGAUGUCAGAAAGUACGUCGUCAGACGUGAAGUCGUCAAGGGUGACAAGAAGUACACCAAGGCUCCAAAGAUCCAGAGAUUGGUUACUCCACAGGUCUUGCAGAGAAAGAGACACUUGAAGGCCUUGAAGAUCAAGAACGCCCAGGCUCAAAGAGACGCUGCUGCUGAAUACUCCCAGUUGUUGGCCCAGCGUUUGACCGAACGUAAGGCUGAAAAGGCUGAAAUCAGAAAGAGACGUGCUUCUUCCUUGAAGGCUUAA